AUGGCCGUAAAUAUCGCAGAUAAGAUCGAACAAAUAGCUCUUGUGCUCAAAACUAUCGCUGAGCGUCGUGGGGAAGAAAAGGUGGCCGAGAAUUCGAGUGGAGAGGUGCAUCCAUGUAUUGUUCUCAUACAGCAAAUGUGGGAAUCGAAGAUAUUUGACAUGCUGUUUGCGAAUUACGCUGCACAUAAGCAACUGUCAGAAUCAUUGGCAAGAUUGUUGAAGUAUUGCGUGGUCUCGUAUUCGAAAGAUUUUCGACCAAUGUUGCCUACGCUGAUGGAACGAUUAAUUACUGCGUUCGGGCAGACCGCGUUGAGUUGUUAUUUGUGGGUAGCGACCAAGUGUGUAAGAGAGCAUGCCGAUGGAGAAGGCAAUCCCGUCACCUUGGCAUUAAUCAGUUUUGUUUCGCGGUUAAGUACAGUCAUGUUUAGUACUCUUUCCGAAGCGCAAGUUAACGGUAUUCCUGAUGUUAUUGAAGAGUAUUUCCGUCUCAACAUUGCCUGUGUUGACAUUGUUCCUGCAACUUUUGUUCAAUCCGGCAUACUACCGCCAACAUUCCAGGCCGGAAUAGAGUGCCUGUCAAUAGAACAGCCCGAUACUCUCGUGGCCGUCCUGACGUUCUUCUCUAAACUUCUAUCGUACGCAAUGACACUCAAAGAGUCUCAGCAGCCGGUUGUAGCCGACCUAACAUCGGUUAAUGUUUCAUCAUCUCAACCGCCGUCUGAAGUGGCUAGACACAAUCUUGUACAUAUCGAGACGGUUAUACGUCAGUUUGGUGGCGAGUUAACGUAUAAAAUGUUGUACGGCAAUUUGUAUAUAUUCCCACGUGACUUCCAGACUGAUGUUGAUAGUUGCUUCAAGUACAUGGUAAAAUUGAUGCCUUUGGAGAGCCAGCAAUGGAUGUUGGAUGCUGUUCAACGGUUACCAGCGACGAAUUUAACUGCAAAGGAAAAGAACAAGUUCGUUAUGGAUUAUAAUGCACAAAUCCAAGCUCGAGAUUGGAGUAGAUUGCGACGAGUUUUGAAUGAUUUUACUGCCAUCUACAGACGUAGAUAUGUAACAUCGCGAAGGAAUAGAGGAGAUGUAUUAUGA